AUGCCACGUGUCAACUUCCCGCGUCUGAAUGAAGUGUGCGGUAAAAAGGUGCAUAUAGCUCAAAGUUCUGUCCCCGGAAAGUCACCAAGACUGACGGAGACAAAACGAGUGGAAAUUAUGGAAGAAAUGACUGCAGAGGUGGCAGCCAAAACUUAUGCCAAGGUGGUGAAAGAAUCACCUGGCAGACCUGCUCCAGGAACACGUCAAUUGCAACAAAAUGCUAAGAAUGUCAAAUCUAAACCGAAGACAGUAAAUCCGCGCAUCGCCAAAGGACCCCAGGGUAUUCUGGGUAACAGCCUGCACCACAUCGAGAGUGAACUGCACACGUUGCGUGCUGAAGUAGCCUCAAUCAAGGUUGUUAGGGUAAAUGCAUAG